GGCACAGGAAGGAAACCGGUUGGGAGGAAUGAACAAGGGAAUCAAAGCUUCUAGUGACGAUAUAUGGAAGAACAGGGUGGAUAAAGUCAACGCUGAGCUGUUUACCCUCACCUAUGGAUCCGUUGUAGCACAACUCGUCCGUGAUUUCAAGAACGAUUACCAAAAGGUGAACCAGCAACUGGAGAAGAUGGGAUAUAACAUUGGUAUAAGGUUGGUUGAGGAUUUCCUAGCAAAGACUGGCACUGGACGUUGCCAGUCGUUCAAAGACACGGCAGAAGUCGUUUCCAAAGUCGGGUUCAAAGUGUUUCUGAACGUCACCCCACAAGUCACCAACUGGACCAGUGAUGGCAAGACGUUCAGCCUGAUACUGGACGAGAACCCGCUGGCAGAGUUUGUCGAGCUGCCGGACGACGAGAGGGCCAAGAAGGAGCUGUGGUACUCAAACGUCCUUACCGGCGUGUUGAAAGGUGCACUAGAGAUGGUCCAACUCGAGGUUGACGUGAACUUUGUAAGCGAUGUUCUCAGAGGCGACGAUCGCACGGAGCUUAGACUACAGCUCAUACGGUUCUUAAAGGAUGAGAUGCCUGCUGGUGAAGAUUGAAAGCCCACCCACACACACCGUAUGGGUUGUUUAAGUACACUGUUUUCCAUUAAUAGAUGAACAUAACCGUUAGCACUUCCGCAUUAGGAACUCAACCCAGAACUGUAUAAAUCCUCACAAAAAAGAAACUC